AUGAAUCGUGCAAGAACCCGGACAGGAAGUCGUACAGGAAGCUGCAUCGAGAGCCAAAUUCGAACCCCGGGAACCGGGAACCGGGAACCGGGAGCCGUACGGGAUGCCGUGUCGGUAGCUGUGCAGGACCCAGGAACUGUACUGGAUGCCGUGUCGGUAGUUGUGCGGGACCCAGGAGCUGUACAGGAUGUCGUGUCGGUAGCUGUGCGGGACCCAGGAGCUGUACGGGAUGCCGUGUCGGUACCUGUGUGGGAACCAAGAUCUGUACAGGAUGCCGUGUCGGUAGCUGUGUGGGACCCAGGCGCCAUAUGGGAUGCCGUGUCAGUAGCUGUGUGGGACCCAGGAGCAGUACGGGAUGCUGUGUCGGUACCUGUGGAGGACCCCGGAGCCGUACGGGAUGCCGUGUUGGUAGCUGUGCAGGACCCAGGAGCUGUACGAUGA